GUAUGUCUGUUUAAUUAUAACCUCCGGGAGCAGCAAUACAUCUUAAAAGAGGACUAGAUAUUCAUAAACAGCUAUAAUAUUAUAAUCAUUGUUUUAAAAAAUGAGCAUGCAGGCACCGAAAAGAGUAUACUCGCGUCUGCCCGUAUGGAUAGUCGAAGAUCACCACGAUGUAGUUCAGCAUAUAUAUAGGGCGAUUGGUUCCAAGCAUGUCCCGGCAGAUAAGAUAAAACUGGUCCAUUUGGAUUCGCACCCGGACCUGUUGAUUCCUGUAAGCAUGCCCGCUGACACCGUUUUCGAUAAGGAAGCGCUCUUAAGUGAGCUUAACAUUGAGAAUUGGAUCAUGCCCAUGGUUUAUGCCGGUCACGUGUCUCAUGUCAUGUGGCUCCAUCCGUACUGGGCUCAGCAGAUACUGGAAGGAGAGCACAGCAUGUUUGUAGGGAGAGACUCCUCAACAACCACAAUCAGGGUUACGAGUAAGGAUAAUUAUUUCUUAAGUGAUGGGCUUUACGUUCCUCUGGAUCAGCUGGAAGAAGCGAAGCAGCUACAUCUGAGGGUUAUCAGAGUCGACCCAGUCCAGGGUGAAAGCGGCAAAGUCCGGGAACCUGUGGGAUGUGGCGCUAAGAAAUUAAAACGUGCAUCUUCUAACGCGGAUGGAUCAGAGGCACAGGAUGGUGUUAGCCAGACCCCUGACACUGGCAGCUGCCGGUCACAAGAUGGCAGCAACGCGUCAGGCAGUAGCAACAGCAGCACGAAUAGCGACAAGGCGACGUGCUGCUCUCCCACGACUCCGAACACCGGAGCGGGAUCUACGGCUUAUGUGCUCGACCGUCUCCUGCCGGUCAUCGAGAAGACGGACUCCUACAUCCUCGAUAUUGACCUGGAUUUCUUUUCCUGCAAGAACCCCUUCAAGGAGAUGUACACAGAGGAGGAGUAUGAGCUUCUGAAGGAGCUCUACAGCUUUCAGAAGCCCCAUGAAGACGCUGAUGAGGAGGAGAUCAUGGACUGCGUGGAGAGGCGCCUCCGGCAGCUGGAGGCCCUGGAGGCCGCCUUCGCCGAUUUCAUCGAGGACGACGGGGGGGAAACCGUGGCGCGCUGGGAAGCGAGCCCAGGGAUGAAAGGCAUCGGCAGGCUGGUGCAGAGUCUGCGGGCGCGGACGGGAACCCCCGAUUACGAAAUGGUCCACCAAGCCGGGCUGACGUGUGACCACUCUGAGCUUCCUCACCAUGUCAGCGACCUGCAGGAGGUGCGUCGGCUCGUGGGGGCUGUGCACCUCCUCCUCCAGGGGCUUCCCAAGCCCACACUGGUCACCAUGUCCAGAUCCAGCCUGGACGAGUACUGCCCGAUCGUGCAGGUGGAGUCCAUCCAGAAGGGGGUGCUGGAGACCCUGGAAGAGCUGUACGGCCCGCUGGACGUCCACAGGGAGUAUGAGGAGGCAGAUGUGGGGGCUCCUGGAGCUGCAGAGGCAGAACAGCGGCCCUUGGCUGAGUGAUGUGUCGCGACUGAUAGAUGGAUCUGUCUGGUGUGUCGGGAAUAACGGAUAUUAAAGCGGAAUUCCCGGUUCUGCCAGGAAGAUCAUGCAUCAGUAUUUAUAAAAAAACAUCAGUUUGUAGCUUUAUCUACAGAAAGUGCCUCUCUGCACAGAUGACGGACAAUAUUGGAUCCAUCAAGCAAAACGGCAAAGACCCCAACUCUCAUUUGGAACUACUAGCAUUUGUCAUAUCUGACAGUUAUUAAAUGCUAAUCAUGAAUAAAGUAAAUUGUACUUUUA